UCCACCUGCAAAGGAGAAACAGGUUGGAGUGACGCAAAAAUAAAGAUAGCCAAAAGUUCCUCACUUGCCCGGAACCUGCCUGGUGAACUUCAAGAGCGGAACUUCAAGUGCCGAAACCGAGAGGAAGCAGGUCUGUCCGGACGCUUUAGACGGUGGAACGGGUGGAAGCAUCGAGCUACCGGAGUGUUGGUGUUGGGGUACUCGUGCAAGGGAGCGAGCGGGCGGCGGAUACCGGACAGAAGGCGCUCGGCGUGAGGAACGCAGGGGACCUGGCUUCCCAGACAAGCUGCUACUCGCCCCCCUGUGGCACAAGCAGGCCGACUGAUGGGCACCAUGGGGCCUUUAGAAGGAAGAAUGUAGCCUUGCUAAGAAUCUUAGAGAAUAGUCCGUGGUGUAGGACAUUCUGCAAGCUUUAAGAAGAUGCGCAGUUUAAGUAUGUGGACUUUCCAGUAAUAAGUUGCAGUGCAUUUGGCAGCUAACCACAAAUCCAGCAGUCAGGCUUGAGUGACUGCUUGUUUGCACUGCUGCACAUAGGAAUAGCUAUUUCUAUAGAUAGCAGUUUGGCUGCUGGUUGUUGAUAAAAAGCAGAUUAAAAAAUCAUGUCUGUUCAUGGUCUGGAAACUCAUCAUCCUACAUUCUUUCUUGGACCUGAGGAUGGAGAACCUUUGCAACACAUGAAACAUGAAGAAUUUGAUGACUUUGAUCAGGAUGAAGAAUAUGACUCCCCACCAGAAAGACAGAUUGUGGUUGGAAUUUGUGCCAUGGCCAAGAAGUCUAAGUCCAAGCCAAUGAGUGAGAUUCUAGGACGACUUUGCAAAUUCAAAUACAUCACUACUGUAAUUUUUGAAGAAGACACUAUACUAAAUGAACCAGUGGAAAAAUGGCCACUUUGUGAUUGCCUCAUCUCUUUCCAUUCAAAAGGAUUUCUUUUGGACAAAGCAGUGGCCUAUGCAAAACUCAGAAAUCCAUUUGUUAUUAAUGAUUUGAACAUGCAAUAUGAUAUUCAAGACAGGAGAGAAGUUUAUCGAAUUUUGAAAGAGGAAGGGAUUGAACUGCCACGCUAUGCAAUUUUAAAUCGUGAUCCAGAUAAACCUGAAGAAUGCAAUUUGAUAGAGGGUGAAGAUCAUGUAGAGGUCAAUGGCGACAUCUUUCAAAAACCAUUUGUGGAGAAACCAGUGAGUGCAGAGGACCACAAUGUUUACAUUUAUUAUCCAACAAGUGCUGGAGGGGGAAGCCAAAGACUCUUUCGAAAGAUUGGAAGUAGAAGCAGUGUCUAUUCUCCUGAAAGCAGCGUCCGAAAAACUGGAUCAUAUAUAUAUGAGCAAUUUAUGCCAACAGAUGGUACAGAUGUGAAGGUUUAUACAGUUGGUCCAGAUUAUGCUCAUGCAGAGGCACGCAAAUCUCCUGCUCUGGAUGGCAAGGUGGAACGUGACAGUGAAGGGAAGGAAGUUCGAUAUCCUGUCAUACUAAAUGCUAGAGAGAAGUUAAUUGCUUGGAAGGUUUGCCUCGCUUUUAAGCAAACAGUCUGUGGCUUCGAUCUCUUAAGAGCUAAUGGCCAAUCCUAUGUCUGUGAUGUUAAUGGCUUUAGCUUUGUGAAGAAUUCCAUGAAGUAUUAUGAUGAUUGUGCUAAGAUUUUAGGAAACAUCAUCAUGCGAGAGUUAGCUCCACAAUUUCGUAUCCCAUGGUCUAUCCCUACUGAAGCAGAGGACAUCCCUAUUGUACCCACCACAUCUGGCACUAUGAUGGAGCUCCGUUGUGUGAUUGCAGUCAUAAGGCAUGGGGAUCGAACUCCAAAGCAAAAAAUGAAAAUGGAAGUGAGGCACCAGAGAUUUUUUGAUCUCUUUGAGAAAUAUAAUGGAUGCAAAGCAGGAAAAAUAAAGCUCAAGAAGCCAAAACAGCUACAGGAAGUCUUGGAUAUUGCAAGGCAUCUUUUGGCAGAACUGGGUCAGAAUAAUGACUCAGAAAUAGAAGAAAGUAAAUCAAAACUUGAGCAACUUAAAACAGUGCUUGAAAUGUAUGGCCAUUUUUCUGGAAUAAAUCGUAAAGUUCAAUUAACAUACCUGCCCCUUGGGUGUCCAAAGACUUCAAGUGAAGAAGAUGAAAACAAGAAGGAAGAGCCUUCUCUGCUGCUGGUGUUAAAGUGGGGUGGAGAGCUGACUCCAGCAGGCAGGGUCCAAGCUGAAGAGCUAGGUCGUGCUUUCAGAUGUAUGUAUCCAGGAGGACAAGGAGAUUAUGCAGGAUUUCCAGGCUGUGGUUUGCUACGAUUGCAUAGUACAUAUCGUCAUGAUUUGAAGAUCUAUGCUUCAGAUGAAGGGAGAGUUCAGAUGACAGCGGCAGCAUUUGCUAAGGGAUUGCUUGCGCUGGAAGGGGAGCUAACCCCAAUUCUUGUACAGAUGGUUAAAAGUGCUAACAUGAAUGGCUUGUUAGACAGUGACAGUGAUUCCCUGAGUAGUUGUCAGCAGCGAGUUAAAGCUCGGCUUCAUGAGAUUCUGCAGAAAGACCGAGACUUCACUGUUGAAGAUUAUGAAAAGCUUGCUCCAACUAGAAACAGUUCUAUAAUUAAGUCAAUGCAGUUUAUCAAAAAUCCUGUUAAAACCUGUGAUAAGGUCUACACCUUGAUUCAGAGCCUGACAUCCCAAAUUAGGCAGAGGAUGGAAGACCCUAAAUCAGCUGACAUUCAGCUUUAUCAUAGUGAAUCGCUUGAAUUGAUGCUUAGACGAUGGGCUAAAUUAGAAAAGGAUGUCAAAAUGAAGAAUGGUCGAUAUGAUAUAAGUAAAAUUCCUGAUAUCUAUGACUGCAUAAAAUAUGAUGUUCAGCACAAUAGUUCCUUAAAACUGAAUGAUACAAUGGAACUGUAUCAGUUAUCAAAAUCACUGGCUGACAUUGUCAUACCUCAGGAAUACGGUAUUACGAAGGAUGAGAAAUUGGAUAUUGCCAAAGGGUAUUGUACUCCUUUGAUUAGAAAAAUUCGUUCCGACUUACAGAGAACGCAGGAUGAUGACACCGUUAAUAAGCUCCAUCCACUAUACUCAAGAGGAGUGAUGUCCCCAGAGCGACAUGUUCGUACUCGGUUGUAUUUUACUAGUGAGAGCCAUGUACAUUCACUUCUCUCUUUAUUGCGCUAUGGUGCCCUAUGUGAUGAGGUCAAAGAUGAGCAAUGGAAAAGGGCAAUGGGCUAUCUAAAUUAUACCAGUGAACUUAAUUAUAUGACGCAAAUUGUUAUCAUGUUGUAUGAAGACCCAAACAAGGACCUUACCUCAGAAGAACGAUUUCAUGUUGAAUUGCACUUUAGCCCUGGUGCUAAAGGGUGUGAAGAAGAUAAGAAUCUUCCAUCAGGUUUUGGAUAUAGACCAGCAUCUCGUGAGAAUGACAGUGGAGCCAAAGUCUUCCUGAAUAGUGAAAAUGAUGAGGAGUCUGUUUCAAGAAGGGAAGCUGCUGAAAAAUCCACAGUGUCGUUCAGGCCAAUGGUCUCAGAUCCCAUUUAUAUACAUCGAAAAUCCCCACUGCAACGAUCCAAGAAAAUAGGCUCAGUGGAAAUCCUUUCUCUCGUACAAAGUAUUACCACCAUUUACUGUAUCAUUAGGCACAUUUUGUUGAAGAUGUUUUGCAGUUUGUGCUGGACACUGUUUUAUAACCACCUAUUUAAAAGAGGAUAAUUACAAAAAAAAUCUGCCAAUAAGAAACUGAUUUAUCAGCACAGCAACCUGUGAAAGAAUGUCUGAACAUGGUAAAAUUGUCAGAUUAAGUGACUGAAGUAAGAUGAUAUUUUUCAGGACCAUGAGACAUCGGAGCAGAAUUAAGCCAUUCAGCCCGUUGAGUCCACUCUGCUAUUUCAUCAUGGCUGAUCCCAGAACUCUUUCAACCCCAUACAUAUGCCCUCUCACCAUAUCCCCUGAUGCCCCGACUAAUCAGGAAUUUAUCAACUUCUGCUUUGAAUAUACCAACAGACUUGGUCUCCACCACAGUCUGUGACAGCGUUCCACAGAUUCACCAAUCUCUGGCUAAAAAAAAUUCCUCCUUACCUCUGUUCUAAAAGGUCACCCUUCAAUUUUGAGGCUGUGCCCCCUAGUUCUUGAUACCCCCCCAUCACAGAAAACACCCUCUCCACACCCACCUUAUCUAGUCCUUUCAACGUUCAACAUUCAGUAGGUUUCAAUGAGAUACUCCCGCAUUCUUCUAAAUUCCAGCAAGUACAUGACCAAAGCUGCCAAAUAGUCCUCGUAUGUUAACCUAUUCAUUCUGGAAUCAUCCUUAGUGAACCUCCUUUGGACUCUCUCCAAUGACAAUACAUCUUUUCUGAGAUAAGGGGCCCUAAACUGUUGACAAGUUUCCAAGUGUGGCCUGACCGGUGUCUUAUAAAGCUUCAGUGUUAUCUCCUUGUGCUUAUAUUUUAUUCCCCUUGAAACUCCUUGAAAUAAAUGCCAACAUUGCACUUUUCUUCUUUACCACAGACUCAAACUGUAAAUUAACGUUCUGGGAGUCUUACAUGAAGACUCCUAAGUCCUUUUGCACUUCUGAUCUUUGAACCUUCUCCCAUUUAGAUAAUAGUCUUCACCAUUGUUCCUUUUACUUAAAUGCACUAUCAUACAUUUCCCAACACUGUAUUCCAUCUGCCACUUUUUUGCCCAUUCUUCCAGUUUGUCUAAAUCCUGUUGCAAUCGCAUUGCUUCCUCAGCACUACCUACCCCUCCACCGAUCUUCAUAUCAUCCGCGAACUUUGCCACAAAGUCAUCAAUUCCACUAUCUAAAUAAUUGACAAACGGUGUGAAAAGUAGCAGCCCCAGUACUGAUCCCUGAGGAACACCACUAGUCACUGGCAGCCAAUCAAAAAAGGCCACUUUUAUUCCCACUCACUCCCUCCUGCCUGUCAGCCAUUCCUCUAUCCAUGCCAGUAUAAUUCCUGUAACACCAUAGGAUUUUAUCUUGUUAAGCAGCUUCAUAUGAGGCACUUUAUCAAAUGCCUUCUGAAAAUCCAAGUAAAUGAUAUCCACUGCCUCUCCUUUGUCCACCCUGCUUGUUACAGAUUUGUCAGGCACGGUUUCCCUUGACAGAAACAAUGCUGACUUUCACUUAUUUUAUCAUUAGUCUCCAAGUACCCCAAAACCUUGUCCUUAACAAUGGACUCCCAACACUUUCCCAACCACUGAGGUUCGGGUAACUGGCCAAUAAUUUCCUUCCUUUUGUCUUCCUCCCUUCUUAAGGAGUGGAGUGACAUUUGAAAUUUUCUAGUCCACUGGGACCAUGCCAGGAUCAAGUAAUUCUUGAAAGAUUAUGACCAAUGCAUCCAUUAUCUUUUCAGCAACCUCUUUCAGGACUCUGGGAUGUAGUCCAUCUAGUGCAGGUGAUUUAUCCACUUUAAGACCUUUGAAUUUGCCUAGCACUUUUUCCUUUGUAAUAGUAAAGGCAUUCAGAUCUGCUCCCCGACACUCACAGACCUUUAGCAUACAGCUAGUGUUUCCACAGUAAAGACUGAAGUAAAGUACUUGUUAAGUUCUUCUGCCAUUUCUUUAUCCCCCAUUACUACCUCACCAGCAUUAUUUUCUAGUGGCCCAUAUCAACUCUCACCUCCCUUUUAUUCUUUUUAUAACUGAAAAAUCUUUUAGUAUCCUGCUUUAUAUUAUGAGUAGUUUGCCCUCAUAUUUAAUCCUUUCUCUUAUAGUUUUUUUAGUUACCUUUUGGGAUUUUAAAAGCUUCCCAAUCAAUCAACUUCUCACUCACAUUUGCUACCUUAUGUGCCUUUUCCUUGGCUUUUAAGCAGUCCUUAACUUCCCUUGUCAGCCAUGGUUGCCUACCCCUGCCAUUUGAGAACUACUACUUCUGUGGAACAUAUCUAUUCUAUCCUGUGCCUUGUGAACUAUUCUCAGAAACUUCACCCACCUCUGUUCUGCCAACCUCUCAGCCAGUAUCUCCCUGCAAUCCACCUGGGCAAGCUCUCUUUCUUGCCUCUGUAAUUCCCUUUAUUCCAUUGUGAUACUAAUACAUAUGACUUAUGCUUCUUCUCAAAUUGCAGUAUGAAUUCAAUCAUAUGAUCACUGCCUCCUAAGGGUUCCUUUACAUUAAGCUCCCUAAUAAGAUGGGGUUAUUACACAAUACUCAAUCUAAGAUGGCCUUUCCCCGAAUAGACUCAAGCACAAGUUGCUCUAAAAAGCAUUCAACAAAUAGACAUUCAACAAACCCCCUCUCUUGCGAUCUGACACCAACCUGAUUUUCCCAAUCCCCUUGCAUAUUGAAGUCCCCCAUUACAAUUGUGACAUUACCCUUGUUACAUGCCCUUUCCAGCUCCCUUUGCAAACUCAACCCCACAUCUUGUCUACUAUUUGGAGGCCUAUAUAUGAUUCGCAUAAUAGGUUUUUUUUAUGCUUACAGUUUCUUAACUACACCCACAAAUAAUUGACAUUCUCUGACCCUAUGUCACCUCUUUCUAAAGAUGUAAUUUCGUCUCUUACCUAUAGAGCCACACCACUGCCAUAUCCUUUGAUGUUAAAUUCCCGACUAUGACCUUCUUUCAGCCACUACCAUUAAGAACAGUUCUUUCAGAAUCAUAACACAAAAGACUCGAACUUUGAAUAUUGUGUUGCUGUAACUGUACGAUAAUAGCAUUUAACCAAUUUAAACUCAAAGUAUAAAAAAAGUUAAUAAAUGAAUGAUUUGCUGGUGCAGUGACAAGUUAUCUUAAUCAGUGUUUCUACACCAAUGUUCUAAAACUGAAUAGAUUCCAUUUGUAAAUUUGUAAUUAUUAUGUAAAAUAAACACAGCUCAAGUAUAUUUUUAAAAGGACAGAAUUGAAACCUAGUGAGAUUAUGCUAAAUUGUAUUGAACCUAAAAUUAAUAUUAAUCUGUAUUAUCUUGUUAUGCAAAGAAUAGAGAGAUGCUGGAGAUGAUAUGACAGUAAUUACAGGAUUGGUACCAAAAUGCAAUGAGCAGGUUCAGAUGAAAAUUCUAAUAUCCUUUCUUUUAAAAAAGUUAAUGUUCUUUAUAGAGAUCUUCAUGAUUAUAAAAGCUUUCUAUAGACCUCAGUAUGUUUGUGGGAUUAAUAAAACUGGAGGUCAUCAAUAUAAGAUAACCACCAAGAAAUCAAAUAAGGAAAUCAUAAUAGUGAAUUUGCAUCUAGGACUUUGGAAGACUCUUCCUGACUCAAUGAGUGGCAAGAAUGUGGAAUUUUUCACAGCAGGGUGUGAUGCAGACAAAUAUUAUUGAUGUAUUCAAGGAAAAGCUAAAUAAGCAUAUGGGGAAUAAUCAAAGUAGAACACUGUGUUACGAAUUAAAAUAGGAAAUACUGCAAGAGGCUUAAUUGGAGCAAACAAAAUUGGUUAAACUGAAUAACUUGAAGUUGAUUUCACCUUGGCUUUUCAACUUAAAGGCUGAGUUAAGUAUUAAGAAAUAUAUGGUAUCUGAAGGUUUUUAAUAGGACGAUUAUCCGACAGUUCAAUUCCUAUCACCAGCUGUCUACUUAAAGUGCUUUUGAAGUACACUGGUUUAUUUUGGAGUGCAUCUGUAGUUUGUGAGUAAAGGACAACAAAACUAAAUUUAUUUAUUUAGUAUUAUCUAUGGAUCUGUUUUCCUUUUUGUUUGUUUUCUAUAAUAGUUAUAAUUGAAUGUAGGUAUUUAACAAAAACUGACUAGCUAAACCGUUAUAGGUAGUUUUAAAUCUAUUCAUCUUUUUUUCUCCAGUCCUGCCGAAGGGUCUCGGCCCAAAACAUCAACUGUACUUUUUUCCGUAGAUGCUGCCAGGCCUGCUGAGUUCCUCCACCAUUUUGUGUGUGUUGCUUGGAUUUUCAGCAUCUGCAGAUUCUCUCUUGUUUAUUAUAGAUAACGUGUGUUCUGACUAUUUAUAGCUCUAAUGCAAACAAGACAAAAUCAGCAGAUGCUGGAAAU